AUGUUGGUUAAGUUCAAGAGUGAAGAUGAAGAAGAAGAUGAACUCGAACUGGAAGUUGAAUACGACAACAUUGUCAAGGCCGGCCUACCGGCGAGCCAUGAAGACGAUGAGCCUUUGAUCGCCUACAUUGCCUGGGUUGAGGUCUCUAAAGGAUGGGAGGGGAGACGUAUAGGCAUAACAUUAGUAUCAGAGGGGAUUCGAGAGUUAAGACGUCUGUACCCUGAUCUAGCAGCCGUAUGGGCUGCCGUUUUGGAUGAUAAUGAACAUUCUGAAAUGCUCUUCCGCCGUUUGAAUUUCGAAAGGAUUGGAGGAGACUCCAGCGACAUCCGUGUCCUUUACUUUAACAAGUAG